AUGACACAUUCGACUGCAUUGAGUCGCCUGGGCGUGUCUAGGAAUUCUGUUUUCCUCUCUCAAACGUUGACAUCCUUGAGCCAUGGGGAAAUCGCGACGCGGGUGACAUUACGAAGUCCGAGAUAUAUAACCCGCUCAUUGUCAUCUCAAGCAAACAACUCCGACAUUAACAAUGCAUUUCAACCCGGGAGAAGAUUGUCAGGUCGAAAAUGUCUCAUCACAGGCGGUACAUCAGGGAUUGGAUAUGCCAUUGCUGAGCGAUUCCUGCAAGAAGGCGCAUCGACAAUAGUGUUGGUAGGCCGAUCUCACAAGCGCUUGGAAGAAGCGGCAUCAAGACUGGCACCAUUCACAAACGUACCAGCUGAAGAGAAUGAUGGCGUUGUUGCUACUCGUGCCCCAGAAGAGGACGCUCCGCACAGUCCGCCAGGGAACAUCCGUCUACUUGUCGGCGAUGUCUCCGAUGCCGGAUCAUGGAUGCGCGAACUUGAAAAAGAAAUGGCAAACGUUGAUAUUUUGGUCAACGCAGCUGGAAUCUCGAUAUCAAACAUCCUGCCCAGAUCAGAGCUAGAAGACAUCUCGACAAUCCUCCGCACCAACCUCGAGGGCGCAAUGCUGACUUCACGAGCAUUGAUGCGGGCUGCAAUUCGCAGCCGCAUUCGUAAUCGAAGCGACCCAGCCGUGGGACAAAGGGUUCCAUCAAAGUGCAUCAUCAAUGUAUCCUCUCUGCUUGCGCUUAAAGGCGGAACUGGGGCAGUCCCAUAUGCCGCUUCCAAAGCUGGGCUUCUGGGUCUUACUCGAUCGAUAGCCGCCGAAGCAUCGGCCUCAAUGAAGGACAUUGUUAUUCGAUCGAACGCCAUUGUGCCGGGAUAUAUCGAAACCCCCAUGGUUGCUGACUUUACCCCUGGUGAAACAAGCAGAUUGAAAGCUCUCAUCCCUCUUCAUCGAUUUGGAGAUGCGCGCGAGAUUGCAGAUGCAGCUGUUUUCUUGGCGCAAAACGAAUAUGCCAACAAUUGCGUGUUGAAUCUCGACGGAGGGCUGAGCGCUGUUUAG